AUGACAUGUACUUCAAACGAAGUGGUUUUGGCACUCAUUUCCAAGGAUACGGAAAACAAAUACUUUCCAAAAUCUAUCGGUACCUUAGAUUUCUUUUCCGUUAAUGUCAGAAACUUAUCGAUCUUUUACCUCGAUCGUUUUGGAUUGUUGGACUCCACUUCAAUUCAAAAGGAAUCCUUAGACACUCUUAAAGACCUUGGGAAAAUAAUUACUUAUGGUGACGGCCAGAAUAAGAAUAUCUUAAGUGUCAGUCAAAAAGAUAUUCAUGGUGGUGACUCAACAUCAGCAUGGAAUGUCCACUUCAAUUAUUUACGAAUCAAAGGAAGUGUUUUCUUUCCGUUUCUAUGGACCUGGAUUGGUACAUUUACCGAUGAAAUUUUGAAAAAGAAGAGCAAGGAUGGUGACUCAACAUCAGCACCUCGUAUUCUCUCACUUCCAGUUCAUUAUGACAACAAUCCAAAGGAAGAAAAGGAAUUGUUGUUUUAG